AUGCUUUAUGCGGUGAUCAAACAAUCUCAAGAUGAAUGUCUCCAACGCCAGACUGUACCGGUUUCCCACCAACAUUCUCAAACAAAUGAAGUUCAGAAGUCUGAAAAAGAUCCUGUCUUUAACCAUGAGGUAAUCAAAACAAAUAAUCCCAACUGUGAAUCACAGUAUGCAAAAUUGCAGCAGAUGAGUAAUCCACAGGCCACAGUAAAUGAACAACCUAGUAGCCAAAUCAAUCGUAGUAAGCAGGUGCCAUUUGGCUUAUUGCUCCCUAUCUUGAUUCCCCAACUUGCCAAAUAUAGAGCAAUGCAACUUACAACAUUAUUUAACAAAUUGAAGAAAGAUGAAAUACCCAAAGAUCAUUUUGUACGGCUUAUGAAAGGGAUUGUGGGGGAUCAGAUGCUUAGAAUAGCAUUGACGAAAGUGCAACAACAAACAAAAGCCAACGCAGGUUCUUCUGGACAGCAGCACCCUGUAAGGAUGCCAACGGUUACUUCCAGUGGAACAAAAUUUAAUGAUCCCCAUGCAUUAGCACAACUGCAUCAGAGAAGUAUGAAUCCUGAUGCAGACCAUUCUCAUAAUACUUCUUCAGCUAUCCAAGUGAAGAGUGAACCGACCUAUUCAACUGUGGACAUUGGUGCUAAAAAGUCUCUGGAACAUGAUGUUCGAGUUGUGCAACCAAAUCAAUUACCAUCAUCAGGUUCUAAUGCCGUCAGUCAAGAAACUGAAAGAUCCUCAGUUCAUAUACAAGGCCUUAAUAAGCAGCAAUAG